AUGUCUCGCAACCAGAUCUAUUCCGACAGGUACAGUGACGACCAUUACGAGUACAGACAUGUUGUUCUGCCUCGGGAGAUGACUAAAUAUAUCCCAAAAUCCCACCUGAUGUCUGAAGACGAGUGGAGACAGCUGGGAGUGCAGCAGUCCCAGGGAUGGAUCCACUAUAUGAUACAUGAACCAGAGAGCCACAUCCUUCUGUUCAGAAGACCUCUACCUCCAAAGCAAUGA